GGGGGGGUGGCUGCAGAGGUGCGUUCAUGGUUUGGGCUGGUUUCUGUAGAUGCUCUAAACCCAUUCGCUCACGGCGGCAUCUGACACUCGUCCACGCCAGCGGCUUAGCAAAUAGGAUUAGAACCAAGAAGAAAUCUCCCGCAGCCGCAGCAAAGUCCCAUCUGCUGCUCUGACAGGAGGAAGCGCCGUCGUGACCUUCUCCAGGUUCUACCAUGACCGCCGCUGGAGGUACCAGGGAGCUUCUAGGAAGCUAAAGAACCGCAAACCGAGCAGGACAAAGACUCAGAGAUGAGGAUGAGGAGGGGAGCCCUGUGGGUACUCGCAGCGGCGCUGCUGUCAGGAUACGUGCACCCCCACACAGAUGCUUCUCAGAACUGGAUUUUGGGCUUGAAGGAGACAACUGGCCAUUUGGAGGAGCCGGCGCCAGACCUGGAUCGUCUCUGGCUUAGAGGACAGUCGACUUUGACUCGCAGAAAAAGGAACGUUCUGUUUCCCAGUGGCGUGAAGCUCUGCUCCCAGGAGACCUUUGACCAGGCGGUCUCCAACCACCUAAACUACUUUCACCUGAGAGUGUGUCAGGAGACGGUGUGGGAGGCCUUCAAAGUCUUCUGGGACCAGCUGCCAGACCGGGAUCAGUACCAAAGCUGGGUGAGCCGCUGCAUGAACGGAUCUGUCAGUGCCAUGGAGAUUGGCAGGUUCUUCAGCCAAUCAGAGGAACACAGGAGUCUGGUCAUGAGGAGGGUGGUUCUAGCUGCUGCCGUCAACAGCUCAGAGUCGGGUCAGAGACAAAGUCCAGUGAUGGAGACGCCAUCAGAAAUGACCACCAUGAGUCCAGUCAUUGUCACAGUCGACCAGGAGGAGCUUCAACCAAACCAUAAAGGAACUUCUUCAAUCUCUCUGGUCUCUGAGCUCAAAAGUUCCCUUCCGGAAGCACCUGGAACAUCUUCUGUUGGAGACCCAAUGGAUCUCACCACAACACCUGAAGAGACAAACGAUGUUGAUGAAAGUUUGGGCCACACAACUUCUCAGAGUUAUGAUAGAACCCUUCCUGAUCUUUCUAAUCUUCAAAUCAUUGCUGUGGAACCUGUGGAGGUGAGCUCUGAGGUCAAUGUCACACUCAAACCUGGUGAUGGUUUGGACCAGGACAUGAGGGAGAACAGAACAUUCUUAGAUAGAACCGAUAAUAAAAUCCUUGAGAACGGUCCUCGUGAUUUAGAGGGGAUUUCUGUCAUCAGCCAUGAAGCUGAACCUUCAUCAGGGGGUGGAGCUGUUGUGGUUCUUCCAAAACCCACCAUAAGACCUGCACCAGAACCGCACACUAUGGUGAGAUCAGAGCACAUGAUCUCUGAGGUUCCUGAAGACAUUGUGACUGAAACCACCACCCAGGGCUUUGUGGUCUCAGAAGAGAAGGAAGGACAAGACGUUUAUUUAAACAUCAUCACAGUUGUGACUUUAGCUAAUGACAUUGUAGAAGAAGUGGAAAUGUUACCUGAUCUAGCUCCUUCUGUAACACCUGAAGUGGGAACACAAACACCAGAUCCAGAACCUCCUUUUGAAGAAGCUGUAGGGAUCAGCCUCCGUGGAGCUGAUAUCAUUGCAGAAACACCUCCAUCUGCAAUCAUAAUAACACACACAGAAGAUGAUGGACUGUCCAUACGUGUGUUUUCAGAACCAAAAUCUACCAACUUUUCUGAAUCAGAUCUUUCUCAGGCUUCUAUCACAACAAUAAAUAUGGAGGCUGGUGAAGACACAGGACGGGACCAACCUGAAGUUCUGGUAGAGGUUCCUUCCCAACCAACUCAGAUUUUAGAAGAUAAGAUGGAGGAAGGUCUACCAAUAGCUAAGGCUGAAGACACGUUAGGAAAACCAAAGGAUGUCAUUGAUGAAGAUGACAGACCUGAACCAGAGGUGGAUCUUCAGACUGAGGGUCCUGCUAAAGAAACUGGACCCACAGAGGAUGAAAUUCCAGAAACUGAGCUGGCAAGCCCUUCAGUGAGGGAUACAGUCGAAACAUCACGAGAUUUAUCAGCAGUUAAGCCAGAAAAAACAGUCAAGCCAGAUGCACCUGGCAUACUGACAGAAGAACAUUUCAAUACUGCAGAAGAACCUAAACUUCUUGAAGUUGUGGAAGAAGUGGCACCAAACCAACAACCACCUCUCGAAAGUGUUGAAGUUGAAUCAAAACCUGGAGAAGAUUGUGCAGAAGAUAUUGAACCCUUAAAAGAACCAGUAGAACUACCAGCAUUAGUGGAAGAAACGGCACACAAAACAUAUGCUGAAAAAGAAGGCACAGCAGAAACAGAACCAACAGCAGAACCACUGGCAGAGUCCAAACCUUUCUUAGUAAAAAAACAAGAACCAUCAGGACCAACUGGAGGGCCCGUAAAUAAAGAGGUGGUCAAUGAAGAAACACUGUAUGAAGGUAAACCCUUCACAGAACCAGCAUCAACAGGAGGGGACACAUCAAAGCACAAAACCAAAUCAGAAGAUCAACCAAAGCCUACGAGAGACCCACCAAAUUACCCAGAAAUAAUCACAGAACCAGUACUAAUACCAGCACAAGUACCAACUAAAGAAUCAAUAGUGGAGGAAAAACCUCGCACAGACCCAGCAAAGGAAGUAGAACUAAUAACUGAGCAAGCAGGAAUACCAUCACAAGUACCAAUACCAACUAAAGAAUUAACAGGGGAGGAAAAACUUCUAAAAGAACCAGAAAAUACAGGAAAUAAAAUCAUAGAACCAAAACAAACAACAAUCCCAGCACUAGUGUCAGAACCAACUAAAGAAUCAACAGUGGAGGAAAAAACUCUCAGAGAACCAACAAAGGAACCCAAAACAACUAAAGAACAAGAAUCAGAAUCCAAAACAGAACUAAUACAAACAAGUACAGAACCAUUAGAGGACACAUCAGAACCAAUAGAAGCAAAACAUGCUAUAGAACCAGCACAACAAGCAGAAACAAUAACAGAACUAGAAUCAGAACAAGAAUACUCUAUAAUACAAGCCCAAUUGCCAGUGCCAACAAAAGAAUCCGUAGAGAAAACAAAACUUGUCACAGAAUCUGAAAAGGGAGGUGAACAAAGCACAGCACUAAAACCAGAACCAGAAGAUGUCAUGAAACCAUCACCAGAACCCCCCCAAAAAACAACACAGCACGUAGAAUCUAUCAAAUUACCCAAAGAAUCAGAACCAAUUGCAAAGCUAGAACCAGAACAAGGCAGAAAAAAAUCAGAAGAAACACAAUCUACAGAAAUAAUAUCACAGAAACCAGAACACACAAAAGAAUUGAUAAUGGAGGUUCCUAGAGAUGGAGCAAAGAGAGCAGAAUCUACAAAAGAACCAGCACAGGAACCAGAGCUCACCACUGAAUCAGUGCAGGAAGAGAAGACUAUCAGAGUACCAGAAAAAGAGCCAGAACUAAAUGAAGAACAAGCAAUAAAGCCAAUUAAAGAACCAGAAUAUACAAAAGAACCAGCACAUGAACCAGAACCCACCACUGAAUCAAUACAGGAACAGAAAAAUAUCACAAUACCAAAAGAAGAACCAGAGCUAGUUGAGGAACAAGUAAUAAAGCCAAUUAAAGAACCAGAACCCACAAUUGAACCAGCACAGGAACCAGAACGUACAAAAGAAUUGAUAAAGGAAGGUCCUAGAGAAGAAGCAAAAACAGCAGAAUCCACAAAAAAAACAGUCCAGGAACCAGAACUCAGUACUGAAUCAAAGCAGGAAGAGAAAACUAUGAUGCUACCAGAAGAACCAGAACUAAUUGGAGAACAGGAACAAGAAAGAAAGCCAGCUAAAGAAUCAGAAUUCACAAAAGAAUCAGCACAUGAAGAGAACCCUGUUCAAGAAUCUGAAAAUGAACCAAAACCAGUCAAAGAAUUAAAAGAAGAAACAGAACAUGAAAGAAAACAUGCACAAGCAAAGGAACCUACCACAGAAUCAGCUCAUCCAGAUGCAAAACCAUCAGAGAUUAUAUUUGAAGAAACUGAUGAAGAGACAAAACGUGCUAGAGACCAAGGAAAAGAACCACUUGAAGAACAUGAACCAAAACAAAGUGGGAAACCAUCACAUGAAGCAGAAGUCACAAAAGAUUUUAAAAAUGACACAGAAGCUCCCAAAGAAAUGGAAAAAGAAUCAGGAUCCAUAGGGUUAAAACAAGAACAUGAACCAGCAAGAACAUAUUCCUUAGAAAUAGAACCCACAGGGGAACUACCACAGGUACCAGAACCUACAACUGAAUCAGCAAAAGACACAAAAAUUCCCAAAGUACCAGAGGGUGACCCUGAGUCCACAGAAGAUCCAAAAGAUUUCAGGAAUGAAACAAGAACAGCUGAGGCCACAAAAGAAGAAACAAUGGAGAAGACGGAACUGAGAAGAGGACACACGGAAGAACCUGUGCCAGACAUAGAACCUGAUAUUAAUCCAGUUGAAGAUUUGAUUGUGGUGCAUGGAGAACAAACAGCAGAACUACCAAUGGAGAGCAGAAAUGAGGAGGCAUCAGAGAAUGAUGGAACCCUAGAGCGGUCCUGGGAGGUGGAAGUACCAGAGACUCAUUUGGAAUUAGACCAAGAGGUCACUCCUGUUGUUCUUGUUGUCCCAGAAGACCCAGAGGAGGUAGUGCCAGAGACUGAAGAGGUGGAAAUACUGGAAUCAGAGGUUCUUGAAGGACCUCUAGUUGAUUUAGGUAGGGAGGGUUCCACAGAGUCUACAGAGGAGGUACCUUCUCACAUGGAGACACCCAGGAUCAAAGUCUCUGAGCAGAGUGGAAUACAAGCAGAAGUCAUGGCGACUGAAGACCAUUUAGGAAGGGUUUCAGAAGCUGAAACCAAAAAAGUUGGAACUCCUGAGUUGGCUGAAGAAUUUCCCACCAACCUAGAAACUACAACAAGCGAGGAAAUCGUGUCAGAACCUGCAUCAGAGAUUGUCCAGGAGGACAUCACCCCAGGAUCAGCUGCUGGAGCCACAGAUAAAAGCUCAACCCACAUCAUUGGUUCUCCUGUAGAGAUCACAACAAAGUAUGUGGUGGAAACCAACAACGGCAACUUCCCGGAUCUCCUAGAAAUUCCAGAAGAAGAAGAGGAGGACAACCGACUUGGAAACAACGGCUUCCCAUUGGAGGAGGAGCUUGAGAGCUCUAUUGACAACGAGAUAGCGGACACGCUGCUGAAGCCCCCACGGCUCCUGAAGGACCAGACGGUGGAUCUGAGGAUGAAGCUGAAAGGAGAAAGCUACAACGGUGCACUGAGGGAUCCCAGCAGUGUAGAGUACCAAUAUCUGGCCAGACACUUCAAACGCAGGGUUGAAGACGCCUUUGAGAAGCUGCCAGGCUUCAAGAGCAUCUCCAUCAUUGAAUUCAGGCCUCAGAAGGACCUGGAACGCGGUCUGGUGGUUCAGGUCCAUUACUCCAUCACUCUGGAGGUGGAGGUAGACAGCGGCAACAUCUCCAACGAUACUCUGGACUUCAUCAUUCUGCAGAACAACCUGGUGGAGAAGAACUUUGCUGGCAGUGCCGAGCAGCCCACUGUUAUCUACACCAUCACCGACUUUCGUAACUACAUCACAGAAGCUCUGCACAAGGACACCUUCAAGACCAACAGCAGCCUGGACCCUCUGGAGAGUUCAGCAGCAGCAGCAGAAAACAUUUUACCAUUAGUGAAACCAACCAGUCGACCGACCGAUACCUUCAACAACAUGGAUAACGUUUUGGCGGCAGAGAAACCUCCUGAUGCUCCAGCCCAUGAAGCUGACAGCAGUGAGGUCUUCCUGAAGAAAGAAGACUUUCUCUUCAGCCCCAUCGAUCCCUGGAAAGGUGAGCAGAGGGAGGUGGUCAGCGAAAACGACGUCUUCCUGUUUGAUGAGAGGACCCCCACCCCUCCACCGACCAGCAACCUGGAGCCGCAGGAGGAGCAGAAUCCAGAGAAGAUCCAGGAUGAGGGCUUCCUCCUCACAAGCACUCUCAGCACCAGGACAGGGGUUCCUCAAGAGGAUCCCUCAGAAUAUCUCGAAGGUCAUCCUGGAAUCAGCAUACUCCCUUUUGUGGAGACUCACUUUAACGCCUCACUCGAUGACAGAUCUGGAUCUGGUUCCUCUGGAGACGAACAAGAAGCUGAUCUCAUGUCAUUUACGCCUCCAAUAGAGUUUAAAAUAAGUAGUAUCACAGAACGAAACAAGUUGCAUGUUCUUCCUCCGCCUGAUUUGGAGGAGGACAUGGAAGAGGACAUGGCCUCAGCAGAACCACCAUCCACAGCAGGAGAAACAGAUGUAGGGGAUUCAGAGAAAACCACAUUGGCUCCUUCUGAAGAAGACACCUUCAGCAGAUAUACAGAGGUUCCUUUUCUCAGUCAGGAGCUGGUGACUCCACACAUCACCACAUCUCCACAAUACUCCACCCCAACUCAUCCACCCUUAAUUGUACCUCAGGAAGCCCUGACUGUGAAUCUGGCUGCAUCGACAGUGGAGGCAUCUGGACUCCAUAAAGACAACACAGAGACUGAGAUGUUUUCUAAUCAAGGAGCAGUCACAAGUUCUCAACAUGAAGUUUGGACUCAAAAGACAGUAACGGUGCUAGGUCUCACUGACUCAGAUGUGAAGCUGAAAGAGCACUCUGAAACGAUGGAAGAAACUCUCAAAGAGAUCAGAGAAACUCCUGAGAAGGUAGAAGAAACUGUUAAGGAUGUGGACAAAACCACAGAGGAGUUGAAGAAAACGCAUAAAACUGAGGAAGAAUCCAGUGAGAAGGUGCAAGCAGCCAUCAAGAAGGUAAAAGAAACCGCAGAGACGGUGAGAGAAACCACUGAGGAGUUAGAAAAAACUCAUAAGGAGUUGCAAGAAGAAAUUGAAAAGGUGGAAGAAACUCCUGAAAAAGUGAUAGAAACCACUGAAAAAAUGCCAGAAACCACAGAGGAGAUGCGAAACAUCCAUGUAGAUGUGCAAGAAUCCACUGAGAAGGUGGAAGAAACCACUGAAGCAAAAGAUCUUGCAACAGUAAAAGAGUUGGUAGAGAAGGAGGAUGUUGAACCGAUCCAUCCAAUUGAAGUUCCUGAUGUCCUUCAUACUGAAGUCCACACACCUGUAACCACGCCCACAGUGGUCCAGGCAGUGAUAGAGCCAGGUGGAGGAGCCACCACAGAAGAACCUUCACAGCUUUCAGUCUCUGAAACAAAAAGUAACAUCAGAAUUGAGAUCUUGGAGGAACAGCACGUUGGAACCACUCACACCACACCUCCAGUACCUAAGGCCAUGGAUCCUGAUCUGGCUGUGGAUGAAGUUCUGGUUGUUGCAGUCACAGCUGGAACUUCGGUUCCACAGCACCGUAUGGACACAAUCCUCUCACCUGAGAAGGACUCUCCUUUCACCAGAGUCUCUGAUCUGGUUCCAGAUGACGAGGACCUAUUUAACCAGAACCAUGAUGAUGUCACUGCAGCUCGGAUCCACCCUGCACUCUCGGACAUCUCUGAGUCCACGGUGGAGGUGUUUGAAGGGAGCAAGACGAUGAAGGCUGUAGAGAGCUCCCUGGGUUCUUUAGAACUGGGUUCAGAACCAGAACCUUCAGGAGGGGAAGCAAAUACAACAAGAGUGGAAACACAACCUUCAGAACACAAAGAAGAAACUUCUGAUGUGGGGGUCAAAUCCCCAAAUGGAGAACAAGUAGAAGAACUUUCAGUAGUUGAAGAUAAAGCCAUCAGAGGGGAACUGUUGGGUUUGGAAAAAGAUGAAAAUGUUUCUACGGAAGUUGAAGGAAGAAAAGAAACUCCAAAAGUGGAAAAAGAAAUGUUUGAAAGAACAGAAGAAACCUUAAAAAGUGAUGUGAAACCUUUGCAAGAGUCCAAAAAACCUUCUGAAGUCCAAGAAGACCUUUCUGACGUUCUGAAAUUCAUGGAAGUCGUACCAUUUGAAAACACAGAAGUUGUUUCUGGGGACAAUGCUGAACCAUCAGCAGGAGAAACUUUAGCUCCAGGAAAAGAACCUUCUGAAGACAAAUUAGAGGUGAAAGCAGAACCUUCUGGAAAGGAUGGUAAACCUGCACAGCAUGUUACUGUUGGAGCAGAAACUGAAGGUGUGGAAAAGAAACCAUCUGAACUUGAAGUUUACUCAUCUUCUGGGAAAACAGGAGACUCUCAGGCACAUGUAGAACCUCAAGCAGAACCUUUGGAUGGCGUGGCAGACAGAGACAUGGAUUUGAACCUGCAGGCAGGCGACGGCAGCUCUCCAUUCUUUGAUCUCCAGCCAGCUGAACAAGACUUCUUGGACGUGUCAGCCAUCAAUGUCAGCAUCGAUGUGUUCCAGUACGGUGGCGUGGCAGUUGAAGGUGAAAGCAGUGGCUUCUUCAGUGAAGCUCAUAGUUUAGACAGAGCUGCUGUAGCUUUACCAGCCCAGCCUGGGAGGGCCCUCACCGUAUUCUUCAGCCUGAGGGUGACCAACAUGGCCUUCUCUCCAGACCUCUUCAACAAGAGCUCUCCAGAGUACAAAGCUCUGGAGCAACAGUUCCUUCACCUGCUGGUCCCGUACCUUCAGUCCAACCUCAACAACUUCCAGAACCUGGAGAUCCUGAACUUCAGGAACGGCAGUAUUGUAGUGAACAGCAGGAUGCGGUUUGGAAAGCCGGUUCCUAAAGAAGUGACCAAUGUGAUCUACCUGAUCCUGGAGGAUUUCGCUAACACAGCCUACCAGAAGAUGAACAUGGCCAUCGACAAGUACUCGUUGGAUGUGGAAUCAGGUGACCGGGCUGAUCCCUGCAAGUUCCAGGCCUGUAACGAGUUUUCCAGAUGCAUGGUCAACCAGUGGUCGGGCGAGGCCGAGUGUGUGUGUGACCCCGGCUAUCUGAGUGUGGAAGGCCUUCCCUGUCAGAGCAUCUGUGAUCUGCAACAUGACUUCUGCCUGAAUGAUGGCAAAUGUGAUGUCCUGCCUGGCAAGGGCGCCAUCUGCAGGUGUCGAGUUGGGGAGAACUGGUGGUACCGGGGGGAGCAUUGCGAGGAAUAUGUCUCUGAACCAUUGGUGGUGGGCAUCGCCAUCGUCUCUGUGGUUGGUUUUCUGGCAGUGGCAGCUGGAAUUAUCUUCUUUUUGGCCAGAACACUAAGGGAGCAAUACAACGGCGAGGACACAGAGGACCCUUUGCGGAGGGGGGAGAGUGAUCCCACUCUGGAGCGGGCUACCAAAUUCAACCCCAUGUUUGAGAGUGAUCCAGUUACCACCCAGUACUACCGUCGUUAUGAUGAUGGCAUGUCCCAGCACACCAACGCUGCUGUUCUCCAGUACGCCUCAGCUCCAGUGACCAACGAAGAGACGCUCCACAUAUACCAGAACACAACCCUGACCCCCGAGGAUAUCCAGGAGCGUCUCCGGAUAAUUGAGCUGUGCUCCAGAGACCAGCGCUUUGCUGACUUUGUCCGGCAGACUCAAGUAUACCUGGAGCGGAGGGGGAGCUCCACCACAUAACACCUCCCACCUGUUGUCCUCCAGGAAAGACGGUCGCUCGUGGUGAAGAUGCUGGACUUAGUUCUGUGGAUGUUCUCCUGAAAGGACUAGGACCAAACCUCUCUUUUGGUGUCAUUGCUGUUCUUCCUCCUGCUCAUUAGGAUCUCUGCUCACACGCUGUGGUAGAUCAAAGGUUUCUGCCAGAAUCCAGACCUCUGAGCGGCGAGCCGCAGCGUUUCUCGUCAGUGCCUUCACUGCUCUCUGAGCCUCUCUGGAACUUCAUUUAAAGAACCGCAGAACCCUAGAUCUGGGUCUGGAACAUCUCAGACCACAAGCAUCUGCUUUGUUUCAUCAAUGUUUACAUUUCUAAUGUUUGGUUCAGUGUCUUAGACACAUAGACUUGUUUCUGAGCGGACCUUACCGACCCUUUAUAAAAUUCCAUAGGCUGCAGAACCGAACACAAACCUUCCUUUAGAACAGUUUCUGUGUUGUACUAAAGGUUUGGCGUUUCCUGGUUUUUCCAGAGGUUUCACAGAUGUGUCUCACAGAACCUCCAAGGGUUGGACCUGUCUGCAUCCCACAAGAUCAGAGUUCCUCAAAGUUCUUCAGAAUCAAUCAGUCGUCGAUUCCUUUGAUGAAUUCUGUUUGACAUGUUCCUGUGUUCAAUAAAAAACACUAAAUUAUUCCUGUUUAGUUGUUAUUUUAACAACAGUGGUUGAUUUUUCCUUUGGAUUCUGCCACACUCAGUUCUAAUUCAUAUCUGCGUUUCUGAGGGAUUCUGUUGGGAACCAUAUCUGAUUUAUUCUGUUGGACUCUGCUGCAGACUCUCUAGUUGUUUUCGCGUCGAUUCAGCCGUCCCUCACGUUCUGCCACAGGUGUUUUAGUUCCUUCAGCAUCAGCAGUAUUACAAAUUAUCUGUUUUUUUCCGCAUUAGGGUUUCAUUACAAGUCGUCUUGUUCCCAAACGUUUAAGUUUUGGUUUUAGUUCUGGUUUCUGCAGCAGUUAUUCCUUUUCCUUUCCCUGUGGAAGGUUCUGUCACAGGUUGUCUUUCCCAUCCAGUUCCUUACAAGUUCUCAGGUUUCUGAAGUGUCAGGUCCUGUAACAAGGUUCUCAGGUUUUGUCAGCACCAGCUCUGUCACAGAUUCUCUGGUUCUGGAUUGUCAGUUUCCUUCACACGUUCUCUGUUUCUUCCAGCAUCAGGUUCUUUCAAUUGUUCUUUGGUUCUUUCACUAGCCCAGGUUUUCUGGCUCCUUCUAUGUCAGGUCCUAUCACAGGUCUCGUGGUUUCUGAGGGAUUCUGUUGGGAACCAUCUUGUUGCCUAAUGAUGUUCUUAUUGUUAUGUUGUUGUUCUGUCAGUUUGACAUUUCUUCUGCUUUGUAGUUAUUAGUGAUACAAGGAGAACCCAAACCAAAGACAACUUGGUCUCUGCAGAAGCCCUGAGUGCGCAGCUCUGUGGAUUGUAGUAGGUCAUAGCUGUGUUUCUGUAAAUGUGAACAUUGUUCUUUAGCCAGCAGCUGGUGGACCUCUGUGUAAAGCAGAAGGUUCUGAGAUGAUGACAUGUGUGCGGUACUGUGUCGGUGUCUCUUGUGCGGUUCUGUAUUUUGUAUUGUGUUUUCUAUGCUGUUUGUUCAACACUAGAGCAACAUAAAUCUGCCGUUUGCACUUCUCUGGAAUAAACUCUUUUUCACACACUG